AUGGAAGGCAAGUACUGCCAUGCAGUAUCCGGCUUCGACCCCAAACUCCAGCAGCGACUACAAGAUGUGCUGCGCAGUAUGGAGUACCCUAUCCCAGAGGAAAGAGUGACAGAGUGGAGGGUGGCGCUCCUCUGGACAAAGGACCUCGACGAAAUUCAACCCUUCCGGAGUGAGGAAAUCCUGACCACCAACCAGCGCCAAGCGAAACAGCUAGAGCUGCGGAUGCCGUUCUGGGAGACCAGCCCUCAGAUUUUGACAACCUGGUAG